AUGGAUGCGACUAAGAGGCCAUUGCAAAUUCCUCCAGGUUUCUCAACCUACGCUGAAAAACAUGGCAUUUUUCAACUUCUUGAACGAUUACUCCAGAAGAUUAUUAUUACACAACCUGAUGAUCCGUUAGCCUUUAUGACAGAUUUCUUGAAACAGGAUAACGACGAUGUCCACAAGAUUGUAGUGCAAGGUCCACCUGUGUCCGGAAAGCGGCAAAUUGCCAUCGAAUAUUUGCAUGAAAACCAGCACAUUCCAUCCAAUAUUCUCGUUCCAAUACUAGAGGAUCGAUUACGAAUGCUCGAUUGUCAGAAUAAGGCAAGCUUCUAUUUAUUAAAAUAUCGGGGAUGGCUUCUUGAAGGAUUUCCACAAAAUAGGGAACAGGCUCUCGCGAUGCAAGUAGCUGGAAUAAUGCCUAAACAUUUUGUCUUACUGGAUGCGCCAGAUGCUGUAUUAGUAGAGCGUUGUCUUGGCAAGCGAAUUGAUCCCAUAACUGGAGAUGUUUACCAUAUCUUAUUCUACCCACCUGAUGAUGCCCUCGUGGCAGAUCGACUGGAGCAGCAACAAAACUAUAACACUGAUGAUGUUUCAAGUCGAUUAGCUAUUUUUCAAAGGCAUAUCGAUGGUAUCAUUGAAUGCUAUAACAAGGUAUCUAAAAAGAUCAAUGCCGAUCAACCGAUUGGUGAUGUAUUCGCCCAAGUUCUUAGUUUUCUAUGUACCAAAUCGAAGUCAAAUUCACCAUUUACGCCUCGUGUUGUUUUGUUGGGACCUACUGGUAGUGGAAAAAGUACUCAAGCUGAUUUACUAUCUAAGAAAUAUCAGUUGAUUAAUGUAUGUGUCGAUUCUUUGGUUAAAGAAGCUAUUGUUAAACAGUCUAAAGCUGGAAAUGGAAUUAAGCUUUAUCUCGAUCGUGGUGUCGCAGCUCCUGAUGCACUAAUGUUCCAAUUAGUAAAAGAACGCUUAUGCCAAUUAGAUUGUAUAAAAAAGGGUUGGGUUCUUCAUGGCUACCCGCGAACAAGAGAACAGGCCGUAAGGAUGGCAGAAAUAGGCCUGGAGCCGAAUAGAGUCUUUGCCUUAGAUAUUCCCACUGAUUCAAUAUUAGAACGAUUAUCCCUUCGCGGCACCGAUCCAAUAACAGGCGCAAGGUAUCAUAUGCAUUAUAAUCCACCAAGGACUAAUGAAAUUGCUAGUCGUUUGAGAACUCACCCGGAUGAUACCGAAGACGCGAUUAUGAAGCGUUUAAGUGCAUAUCAAAUAUUUAUAGACGAUAUUUGCGAAUUUUAUGGUAAUACAAUCAAACAUAUCAACGCCGAUCAAGAUCCUCAUACAAUCUUCGAAAGCCUUGAAGCUGGAAUUGUGUCUCCGCUUCCAGUUAGACCAGAUACGCCGUUUUAG